UUCCGGGAGAAUGUCCAGGAUGUGCUGCCCACCCUGCCGAACCCAGACGACCAUUUCCUGCUGUGCUGGCUCCGAGCAAGAAGCUUCGACCUGCAGAAGUCCGAGGCCAUGCUACGGAAGCACGUGGAGUUCCGAAAGCAGAAGGACGUCGACAACGUCCUAAACUGGCAGCCGCCAGAGGUGGUCCGGCUGUACCUGACGGGGGGCAUGUGUGGCUACGACAAGGAGGGCUCUCCCAUCUGGUACGACAUCAUUGGGCCCCUGGAUGCCAAGGGUCUGCUACUCUCAGCCACCAAACAGGACCUGCUGAAGACCAAGAUGCGGGACUGCGAGCUGCUGACUCAGGAGUGUCACCGCCAGACAGAAAAGGCGAGUGACCGGCCGAUGGCAGGAGAGGCGGUCCCGCGGCAGCAGGGACUUACCCACGGCUUCAGGGCUGAGGCCUGGGCCUCGGAUGGCACAGGACAGGGGUCACUGGAUGAGAACACGGACAACCAGGCGGGCAGGGUGGCCUGCCUGGGUCACACCCACAGACUCGGUGCUCUGUCCCCGCAGUUUCUGUGCAUGGUGGAGGACAACUAUCCCGAAAAACUGAAGCGUCUCUUUGUCAUUAAAGCCCCCAAGCUGUUUCCUGUGGCCUACAAUCUGGUCAAACCUUUCCUGACCGAGGAAACGCGCAAGAAGAUCAUGGUCCUGGGGGCAAACUGGAAGGAAGUGUUGCUGAAAUACAUCAGCGCCGACCAGGUGCCUGUGGAGUAUGGGGGCACCAUGACCGAUCCCGAUGGAAACCCCAAGUGCAAAUCCAAGCUCAACUGGGGGGGCGACAUCCCCAAGACCUACUACGUGCGCGACCAGCUGAAGCAGCAGUACGAGCACAAUGUGCAGAUCUCCCGCGCCUCCUCCCACCAAGUGGAGUACGAGAUCCUCUUCCCUGGCUGCGUCCUCAGGUGGCAGUUCUCGUCAGAAGGCUCGGACAUCGGUUUUGGAAUUUUCCUGAAGACCAAGAUGGGGGAGCGGCAGAAGGCGGGGGAGAUGACGGAGGUGCUGCCCAACCAGAGGUACAAUGCGCACCUGGUGCCCGAGGACGGGAGCCUCACCUGCAGCACCCCUGGCAUCUAUGUCCUGCGGUUUGACAACACCUACAGCUUCAUUCAUGCCAAGAAGGUCAGCUUCACGGUGGAGGUCCUGCUUCCAGACAAAGCUUCAGAAGAGAAGAUCGAACAGCUGGGGGGGGUCACCCCAAUGUAAUGCCUCCUCCCACCGCAGGCCUGGCUCCCUCAGUGUCUCCCCGUCAGUUUCUGUCCCCCGUCGCAGUCAUUUUUCCAGCACCCUGAUGCCCAAAGGAACUGGGGCUAGAAGGAAGACCUCAGCUUGAAUCUGGGGAGUUUUCAUUUCAGAAUUAGGAAGAGGGAGCAGAGCAGGAGGGGGUCUCCCGGUCUUUCAAGCUACGGAGGAGUCCCCAGGGGCUGGGCACUGUGAAGGGGGUCUGUAUGUCCUGAAAACUGUGCCUACAGCACCCACCUGUGACAGCUGAGACAGGAAGGGGGUCCUAUGGGGUGGCAGCAGGGAAGAAACUGGAAAAAAAGGGGAGAGACUGAAACGUAACAUUUCAGCAAAGCCAGCAGCAGGGGAGAGGAACUUGCAACCAAAUGAAUACGUAAGCCCUAGAUCAUAAUGAGCAGCAGAAGGAGUUGCUAGAGUUACGCCGGGGGUCAGAGGCGCUUCUAAACCCUCUAUCACUGAGGCUGGGGUCCUGUGGCUUUCCCCCGUCUCAGGAGGUGGCCCACAGGUGACAUAGAGCUUCCCACUCAGGGGUACACAGGCAGGUCUUGCCCUCACCUUGAGAACUUCAGCAACUCCGGGGUCCCUACGGCUGCCAAUUUAAUUACUGAUGAUUGUCAUUGAUUCAGAGCUUCCUGGGACAGUGAGCUUCGGUACCCGGCCACUGUCCUCCGAUGCAAACAAAGCACAGGGAAAUUACCUCCAGGGAUCCCAGGUCUGGGGAGGGAAGGGAGGCUCGGGGUGCGUGUGAGCCUGAGGUUUCCAGCCUCCCAUGUGAGCACCCCACACAAAAAUGACAGGUAGGAUCCAGACGGUAGAACUCAGUGAGGGCAUAUGCCGGUCUGAGCCGUCCACGGUGCCCGCCGACCCGCUCCCUGUCGGCCCGAACAAAGCCUGGGCAGUUCCCAUCUCUGGGAGAGGCGUACGGUGGGCGCCAUGGGUUCCUAGUGCCUGGCGGGGAGGCUGCCCGGGCAGGGGGCCAAAGGCAGGGCCAGCAUCUGGGAGAGCCCGGGACUGGGGGCCGCCACAAACAGCCUCGCAGGCCCCCGGCCCCUCCACCCACGGUGACAAGCAGGGAUGGCCAUGGGCCCGCUCAGCGACCAGGAGCUGGAGGGCAAGGACCCUUCGAGCCACCAUCGCGCUUAUCCCAAUCCCACGUCCUGCAAACGCAAACCAGGUCCUGGGCUGCACAGAGGCACAGAACACGAGAAGGCAGCCCAGCCUGGGAGCUGGCCUGGCGGAGCGGACGGGAGCAGGAGGAGGGGGGGCCCCCUGAGCCCGCAUGGGUCCCAGCCAGAACACUCAGGAGGACAUCCCGACCUUGGUUUACAACGCUCUGUUAGGAAAAUUAACCAAUGAAUAAAGCAACGUUCAAUGCACAGAAAGUGGAA